UGGCAACAGGAAAACAUUGUACCUUGCACGACGGUCCUGGUGCAGAAAAUGGAAAAUGCUUCUGGCAGCAUUUCGCCAGUUAUAAGAGCAAUGUUUCAGACAUAGCCUGCAGAGUUUGCAAGAAAAGGUCUCAGGAUGAACUACAGGGAGCUUGUCAGAGAGGCCAUCACACUGCUGGACAAGUAUGAGCCAGACAAACAGAGUGUGGACAGUUUUAUAGAGGAUUCUGCCAAGACCCUUGGGAACCAUCCUUCUGCUGAUCAGACGUUUAUCAGUGAUACUGUUUAUGGAUGUGUUGAGCACAGAAAGCUUCUGGAUAUUGUGGUGAACGUCUUUUAUGAUCAGCAUGGGAAAUCUUUAUUCAAAGCUGAUCGGAACAAAUUUGUUGUGGUGUGUUACCUUUCCAUGUUCCAUCUUGAAGAUCUGGGCUUGGAGCAGUUCAGUAGAAUAAUCAAGUCUCUGGACACUUCAAAAAUGCACAAAUUCCUUAGUUUUUUCUUCAAUGUCACCAACCUUACUACCUGGAUCCAUGGGGAGUGGAGUCAGAUCUAUGAUGCUACCUACGUGGAGCACAAAUGGAUAGCUCCAUUACUGAGAUGGCAAGCUCAGAUCGAAGGUCUGCUAGAUUACCUAAGCAAGAAAAUGACCAAAGGCAGCUUGCCAAGGAAAUCCCCUAAGAAAUGUACACAAUCUCAGGAGUUUGAUCUGACGAAGCCCAAACCUCGUCCACUCCCUGCUCCUGAGCCUGUUCCACAGCAGGAGAAAACCAAGCCAGUCAGCAUCAACUCCUUAAAGGGGAAUUCCACCAAUUUUUCAAAAGUACCAUUGAGCACCCAUAGAGCUCCAAAAGAGCCACAAUUACUGGAGGACAUCAAACAGAAGAAUCAUCUGAAAGCACAGCAAGUCCUUUAUGAGGCGAAUAUUCAGCAGUUCCGAUGUGCAAACCAACAGAAGUCUGAGAAAACACAAAACACUGUGUCCCAGAUACAGCAAAACUUCAACUCUAAACUCAAAUUUGACAGUGUUUACUCAUCUGGGACUCCUGCCACCCAAAAGAUGAACAUUCUACCUGUCAGACUGAACACAACAGCUAUCCUGCGGGAGGGAGCACUGUAUAAUCGCCAGAUGGAAGAGGAGCUGAAUAGGCUUGAGCAUCUGAUGCAGGGGGCAAAUGAGCCCUCAGCAUUCCUGCAGUGGCAGAAAGAGAUGAGGGAGAAGGACCUGCAGGAAGAGUUAGCCCAGGUGGAGCGCAGGAGACUGGAGGGGAAGAUUAGCUACGAGGAGGCUCUGUUGGCACGGCAGCGCGUGCUAGAGCUCAACCAGCACAAAGCCCAGCUCAAAAAGGAAGAGACUGCAGAGCUGAUGCGCAAGUAUGCAGAGAAGCGUCUGAGGGAGGAGGAGGAGAUGAAAGAGCUGGUGCAACAGGUGGCUAGUGGGCACAAAAACUCUAAAGCUGCCAAAAUCAAACUGCAAGAGAUCAAACAGCGCAUUGUGAAGGAGGUUUCUGAGCAGAGCAGGGAGCUCCUUCGGCAGGCACUGGAGGAAGCCCAGGCUGAGCUGAGUCGCAGGUUCGAGCUCAUUCGUCAGAUUCGAGCUAUUGAGUCUGUGCCUCAUAAUAGACACAUGUUUCUGGAUGAUACACAGACAGGAGGUCAUGAACUGCUAUGUGAGAUGUCACUGGUGGAGCUACGGGAGCGCUUGGCCAGGCUGAGGGAGGAGGAGCAGCGGGAGCAGGAGGAGAAGAGGCACAAGAUCCAGGAGGAGAAACAGAGCAGAGAGCAGCUACUGCUGGAGCAGCUGGACACCAUUGCUAUGCGCAGGACUGCAGCACGACAUGCCACCACACAAAAGCAGGAGGAGAAGAAAAAAAGACGAAAGCUGCAGGAGGCAGUCAGUAUGGAUGAAAGAGUGAUGGCCCUGCAGAAGACCCUGGAGAUGAAGCAGCAGGAGAGACAGAACAAGAGGGAGAGUGAAAAAGGCAAAGUGAACAUCAGUAAACAGAUAGCUACUCAGAAAGUCAAGAGCUAUAACCAAGAAAAGCAGGCAUUGGAGGAGCAGCACUGGUUGCAGCUGGAACAGGCUUUAGAGAGGCAAGUCCGAAGAGAAGCAUCCAGCAGGAACACUUCAGGGCUGAACUAUGGAAAAGCUACAAAUGACCUUUUCCCAUCAUCUAUAUAAGGAAAUUUAACAAAGUGUCUAGAAAAUUUACCUUUGUACAUGCAUUUCUGUUUUGUGUUAAUGACAGUUUGAAAGCAAACAAGAAAGGCUAAUAACCAAUAUUUUCAUGUUACAUGGAAGUCUAUUAAAGCAGGUGGUUACAGUUGUUUAUUCUGGACCAAAGAGAAACAAAAUUACAUGAAUUGCAAAAAACAAAUACAUGUACAUGGAAGGAGUUACUACAGAACGAUUCUGCUUAAGAGAAAAAGAAGGUAUUGCACAAUAACCAUCACUAUGAAAUGAAAGGCUGUCAGUUGCAUGACUUACUAUGUGGUAUAUUCUGCAUCAUUCCCGUGGUUUUAGGCCAAGAGCAGUAAAAAGACUGCCAAUGUGCCAAUUCACUGACCACUGUAAGCAAUUUUUCCUCUCAUGAUGAUGCAAAAUUCCAGACCUAGAACCAUUAACUAAUAUUUAUCUUUGUUAAAGUUUAAUCAGUCUAAAGAAAGUGUAUUAUUUCCCCAUGCCUUUAAGAAUCUCCAAGCUGGAACUUAUAUUCUGCAGUAUAGUCUAGUAGACACUGAACAAUUAGCUUAGUACACAUUUAAGAAACAUCUACAGAAAAUAGUCAUAAGUCAAAUUUCAUGACACAUUUCUACAGAAAAUGCAUUUUAUAUAUCUAAAACCACCCUCAAGAAAAAAAAAAAGUCUUAAAUAUAAAAAUGUUUUGAAAUGCAGCUAGAGUUUUCUAGGCCAGUUACUUUUUUGCUAAUAAAAUAAUCCUAAAAAUAACAUGAUUCCAACUUUUGAGCCCAAAUUUCCAUGUUUCACCUAUACAAUAAUGGCAUUUCAUUCAAUUUGUGUAAACUACAGAUGGGUAUAUGCAUGUGCUUUCAAAAUAUAUGAGAACAGCACCAGCUGCCACCUAAUGUGCAUCUUACAACUCCAUGUGCCAAGUUCCUUAUCAAAAGUACGCAUAGUUUAGUGGUUCUUUAUAUUAUUAUUAUUUGUUAAACUUGUAAGUGUUUAUAUUUAUGAAUGCAUGUGUUCACAGUUUGUUAGGUUUGUAAGGUCAGUUAGACAUGUAUGAUUAGCUGCCAUAAGCUAGGCUUCAGUUCUGCCAUUCAACGUUGAAAUCUACAGUUGUGUACAAAUAGGUUAUGGUUGUGGAUUAACUACCAAAACUAACAAUCAACUGAUAGUA